GCCCAUCCUGGAGAGCUACCGAACAUGGCGACCGAGGAGGCGAAAGUGGUGGAUGCCGUGCCGCCGCCCCCUGCAUACUACAAGCUUUUCUCCCCAGGCGCUAGCUUGACGGGCCAAGACGUAGGUGCAAGCGCCGCCAUUGCGGCACCAGGAGAUUCAGCAGGAGGCGCGGGAGGAACGGCACCAAAUGAAUUUCCCCUGCAACCACCCCGGCCACCAGGCCCCGGCGAGACUUACAGGAUGUUCGGGAUGCCUUACAGCUCGGAGCCUGUCGAGCAAGAGCUUCUUCCGCCAGAGAAGAUCGUCGUGCCGGCGUCCGGCCAGGCGAUCGACUUCCGGGCCGGGCUCAAGGGCCUCCUGAACAGCAUCAUGGCCAACUACGGCCAAUUCAUGGAGAUGCUCGUCAGCUCGCCUGCCCGGGCACACGAAAAGCUGUCAGACGUGGAGACGCUAUUUGUUAACUUCCACAGCCUCCUCAACCGGUAUCGGGCGCACCAGGCGCGGCAUAUCGUCCUCGAGCGCUUGCGCAGCCAGGCGGAAGAAAACGACGCGGUCAUGUCCACCCUCGAGGCGGCCAUGCACCAGUGCACCUCAGCCCAAGAAAGCGCGUUCUCCUGCCUCGGCCUUCAAGAACACGGCGCCAGCUGUGUUGCCGAGGGAGAGAGGGAGAGAGCACAGCAGGGGCGCGUGGAAAUGGAUAUAGAUGAAACUAUCGGGGGGGCGGCUACUACGGCUGUGGGUCCCCCAAAGACACAAGACGCGCGCGGAACAGGCGCAGGAACGCCAACGGUGGGCCGGGUGUUGCGCAUCGGUCCAGGAAAUGUGGCUCGCGUUCUUUUUGCUGUUGUUAUGGACUACGAAAAUGAUAUGAACGCGCGUGGUUCCGAUCCGGUGCAAAGGAGAUUUUGACAUUUACAAGCGCGAGCAUUUUUCGAGCGCGUUGCUGACGUGCCCAGAGUAGACGAAGACCUCGGGGACUUCUGUGGCGAUGAUGGCAAGCCGGGAGCUCAUCUAACCACCCGCUCGUUGCAAAACGUUGGCUCAUGGAGCAGGAUGUUUGCACGGGGGUAGUGUGUGAAAAACUUGGAGCGAAGCGAUAUUUUUUUUAUGGGAAACGGUGAGCUGCGACUUCAUGUUUCAAACCAU